AUGCAAUUCAAGUAUGGGAUCAUGAAGCUCCACUAUAUGAUCCUGGGUGCUCUUCUCCUGCUGCUGGCUGGCUGCGGUGGCACGCUCAAAUCCUCUGCCAUCGACCUGCGCACCUUCAUCGGCUGCGCUGUGCGGGAGUUCACCUUCCUGGCCCAGAAGCCCGGCUGCAAGGGUCUGCGGGUGACGACGGACGCGUGCUGGGGACGCUGCGAGACCUGGGAGAAGCCGGUGUUGGAACCGCCUUACAUUGAGUCUUACCACCGUGUUUGCACCUACAAUGAGACCAAGAUGAUGACAGUGAAGCUACCCAAGUGUGCUCCUGAUGUGGAUCCCUUCUACACCUACCCGGUAGCCAUACGCUGCGAUUGUGAUAUCUGCUCCACUGCGACAACUGAAUGCGAGACUGCCUGA